GAAUUUUCUGAUAUAUCUUGUAUAAAAGUUUUUAACUAUUAAAUAUUUAAUGUGAAUAUAAGUGAGAUUUUUUAUGUCGGAAAAUAUAGAUACAUCGAUUAAAUGUGUGAAAAAAUAAAUAAGGAAUUAAGAACUUUUGACGAAUUGGUCACAAGGCGAUUGAUCUGCCACAAGGAGAGCAGAGAAAAGCAAAAACUAAAAAUGAUGGAGGAGUGCUUCACAAAUAAAUUAAAUAAAAAGUGAAUUAUAAGUGAAAUAAUUUAAAAAUUAAUAUUAUAUAUAAAUAUAAAAAAAUUUAUUAGUUGAAACGUGUUAUGUUUGUUGUGUGCAACGUCGUAAAAUUCAUCGAUUUUGCACUAGUGUAUCAACAGCAUUGCUUUAUAGUUUAAAACUGCUAGUGAAAUAAUGGAACAAUUAAAAAAAAUGAUUCUAGUAUAUUAGGAAGUCUUAGCUUCUUUUAUAAUAAAUUAUGGAUUCACAUGAAUUAAAAUCACCUGGAUCACGUCCAAUACAUACACAAUCUUCGUCACAGCAAGUAGUAAGUGAACAUUUGAAUCUUCCGCCUCCCACUCCACAGUUGAAUAUCAGUAAUGGAACUCAUUUGAGUAUGCCUGUUAGUAGUUCAAUGGUAGGAAGUGAUAACAACAGCACGUUUUUCAAUAAUGCACAACACUCGCAACAAUUACCUCCGCCACCAGCUACUGAUUUUGAUUCUGACACAGAACUUUCAAUAGUUGCAGCUUCAGCGGCAGCAGCAGCAGCAGCAGCGGCGGCAGCUGCGGCUGUUACAGGUUCAACUGAAUCAACGCAAACCAAUGGUCACAUUGGUGGUGGUGGUAAUGGCGGUAGUAACAGCAACAAUUUAAGCCUGAACGCUAAGCAGCAACGGCAGCAAAAACGACGCCGUGAACGUGCUCAGCGUCUGCAGGCAGAACGUGAUAACCGCUGCACCACUACCACCACAGCCACUGGGCUGCUAUAUCACGCCAAUAGCGCUGGAAGCAUGGGCGAGGAUAGCAACAAUUCCAAUGGAAACUUUACGAGUAGUAGUAAUGGCAGCAAUAAUGUUUUACCUCCAACAGACAGUAUUGCUUCAUUACUUCUAAAUCCUCCCCACUCUCCAGAAUGCCAUUCAGGUUUAAUGGCUUCGCCAAGUGAUAGUGAAGGUGAGUCACUUGAUGAAGAUCUUCUGUCUACAUCAUCAUCGUCAACAUUACUUCUGCCACGUGAUAAACCUCCACCACGUCCUCCACCCCCUGUACGGAGGAAAUUGCCACGUUCACCAGUGUUAGAAGAAGAAAUAAUUGACGGCUUUGCAAUACUUGAAUUUAAAACAUACGAAGACUUAGAAUUUGCAAUUAAGCUGGGACAAAAACGCAAAGAGAAACGUUUAUCGGCACUGGAAGAACUGACAUGCACAUAUAGCAUUGAAGAGACUAAAAUGCCAAAGAUCAUUGAUACAGGCCAACCACAUCCAAUAAGAAAUUUAGGUGGUCCCAUUAACAAUAAUGUGAAAGAAAACAAUGUACGUUUGGGAAAUAUGAACAAUAGCAAUACACCACAAGCGAUGGAAACGGAUUCAAUUGGAAUCAAUUGGAAAAGCCAGUAUAAUAACAAUAGUAAUUUGACAAACUCAAAUCAAAAUACUAAUAUGAGCAGUAAUGUUAAUAAUCAUAUAAGUAAUUCAAAUGCAACAAUUACUAACCACAAUGGCAGUUCUAUUGUUGGAUCUGUACCCAUUGAAAAUAAUUUAAGUAAAAAUGUAACUUUAACGGAAAAUAAUAGCACAAAUAAUGGUGAUAACGGUAAUACCGUCAUGCAGUCAGUUGAUAUAUGUAGAAGGCCAGGAUCUACUAGUUCUUCCGCUCUAACAAGUAGUACAGAAUGUUUAAACCCAACUGAAAAUUCUAUAAAUGUUACUGGAAUAGAAAAUAAUGUAACAAAUUCUGUACCAGUUACAAUUUCAAAUGCAUUACCGCAAGAACGAAAUAGUUUAGGUAUAUCAAGUAAUUCUCAACUGAAUUCUAUUAAUUCAAUUGUAGAAAGCAUCCGACCUGUAAUACCGGAUACUGCAAAAAGCUCUAAAAUAACUGCCAUUGAUACGAUAGGCUCAAAGAACUUCGCUAGUUAUGCAGUUAAUAAACCUAAUACACAAGCACAUGAUGUUAAAAUGAGCAACAGUGAAGCAAUAGUACCAGAUUUGAGAAAUAUAAAUUCAGUCCCAGUGCAAAGUAUACACCAUAAGGAUGAGUUAAAGGAUCGUCUAACUGAUAGCGGUGUAAGAUGUAGUACUGCGGGCAAAGGAUUUAAUAUCUGUGAUAGUGGAAAUGAUGAGAUUAAGGGCUCUGAAAAGUUAGGACCUAUUGUUUUUCCUUCAACCCCUACUCAACAUAUUUCAAAUGCAACUCCAAGUCCAACAACGCCUCGAAAAUCUUCUGACUAUCCACAACAAGCGGGUUCAAAUUCCUCAGUGCAAAGUAAUGAAUCAUUUUCAAAUUCUUCUAUUGGACCUUCUAUUGGAUCAAUAUCAGUUGCUGGUGUGUCGGUUAAAGAAAAUGUGGUGCAAGGCAAUAAUAAUCAAAUUGGCGCAGUUACUGCUCCGGUUACUCAACAGAGUCAAACUUUCACACCACCAACAGCAACGGUUACAUCAGCAGAGAAACCGCCAUUGGGACCAACAAUACAACAAACACCUGCAGUCGCUGUACAACCAAACAAUCUUCCAAUAUAUUCACCAGCAACACAGGUUUCAAACGAUCCUAGAAGUUCAAUUAAAUCGCCAGCGUUAUCUCAGCCAAAUGAUAAUUACGGAUCAAAAAUACCUAGUUCGAAUGCUGGUCAUUUUAUUUCGUCACCUAAUGCACCAAUUCAUGUUAAAAAUUUACUGCCAACGAGUACAUCUAAUCCUCAAGUUGGUAUUGGAACAAUAUUGCCUACAACUUCUGCACAAGGUGGUAUUGUUGGGUUCAGUGGUAAAUUACCACCACCUUCAGCACAACCUGCACCACCACCAAGUAAUUAUACUACAGCACCAAUAAUUACUUCUUCGCAAAAACCAAGUGAACCUCCUUCACCAACGACGGACUCAAAUAAAACAGGGCCUAGCCCGACUGUAGUAAAUGGAUACCUUCCUUCUUUUGCGCCAACAAACGCACAAAAUAUAAACAAUGCACGUAUUUCUCCACAUACGCAUGCACAACCGGUUGCAUCUGUAACAAGUAUUUCUGCGACUCCUACGCUAACAACAGCAUCAACAUUAGCUUCCGCACCAAAAAUUGCUUCUAAUACUGCUUCUUCAGUAGCUAGUAAUAAUGUUACUACUUCUGCUGGCCAUAAUUUCUCUCAAGGAAUUCCUAAUGCUCCUGGUGUAGGUACACCUCCAACUGGAGUUUUAAGCGGUGGUUUGCCGCCAAACGGUAUUUCUCCAUUAUUAAUACAUUCGUCUCCCUAUCGACCACCAUAUGCAAAUUAUGCAUUAUAUACACCUUACAAUAAUCUUCAAUAUGGACCUUAUCUUCCUCCAGCAGUGCCAUCACCCAGUGCAUCUCCGCGUACAAUAGAUACACGCACAAAUCGAGAGUCUACUAUGGUAUCAGUCACAAAAUCAGCAGGAAUGCGACCUUUAACUCCAGUUAGUACAACUGCAACUACAGCUAUAGCAGCAAAUGCGAAUGUUCCUUCCAGCACUCCUACAUCGACAACAGGCUCAGCACCACAUAUGAUGCAUCAUAUACCAUACGGCGUUGGACCACAUGUACCUCCAGCACCACCACAAACAUCAGUGACCGUUGGAAUGCAAGGACCUAGUCCUAUAAGCCAUAGUCAUAAUAGCAGUGCAAUUAAUUCAUCGGGUGCAAUGCCUGCUGUUGCCACAACUUUAAGUAACAGUAUUCCACCUCCAUCAUUAAAUAGAGAACCGCAAUUACUUCCACCUCCACAAUCCCACAUGGUCCCCCAACCACACCAACCACACCUACCACCUCCUCCAAUUCCGUCAGCGCAUUCUGGACCACAUAUGACUUCAAUGUCACAUAUACUAUCUCACCCACAACACACAAUGCUACGUGGUGCUUCUCCUAGUACUGCCAGUAACAACAACAGUGGAGGGAUUCCAGGUUCUGUUUCGUCGUCUGUGAUUCAAAGGGUAAUAUCUCCUAAAAGUGAAAGUCCGAAUAAAGAACGGGAUCCUAACUUUAGCAUGUCACGACCAUCAUCUGCUAAUACUCAUAGUGGUCCUGUACCUACUCCAUAUAUUAGCAUAGCAAAUACCAUAGGAACAAAUUUACCAGCAGCUUUUAGUACGGUUUCAUCUUUACAUCCUUCGCAAUCUCUUCCAGCAACAACGUUUGCAACUUCUCAUUCAGUAUCAUCUAAUCCUAGUCUACCCUACCCUUCAAAACCAUCUCAUUGGCCUAGUUCAUCCGGGCAAAUAACAACGCCAACGAUGACUGCUACUUCUUCCAGUGUUGCACCGCGGCCAACUCCGCCUUCGCCAAUUAACAAUUCGACUGUAGCAGCAACAGUGUCACAUUCGGUUUCUCCUCAAACAACACAUUCCAUAAGCACCGCACCGUCUUUUCAGCCACCAUUUUUCGCUACACCAUUACCGCAUCCUCAAACUGCUGCGCCGACAGCUAGUAAUUCUGCUGCAAUUACACCAACAGCACCUGCAUCUUCGUCAAUGACAACAGCAGCAAGUACAACACCAGUUACUGUAGCUUCUACACCAACAGCUCCUCAUCCAUUUUCUGCAGAAUCUCUUUUUCAACCAAGUAAAAACGACCAAGCAGAUUUAUUGCGUCGAGAAUUGGACAGCCGGUUUUUGGAUCGUUCUGGUUUAGCAGUUCCUCCUCCAACUCCUCAAUCAACAUACCUACGUCAGGAGCUACAUCAUCAUCAACAUCAACAUACUCAUUUACAUCAGCACCAACAAUUGCUGCCAUCUGCAAUACCUGCAGCGAUUCCAACAGCUCCACCUGCACCCGCGCCAAUAUUUGCACCUCCUUUAUUUAAGGACAUUCCUAAAAUAGCUGCUGUAGAAUCGCCAUUUUACCGAACUGGAAUAGGUUUACCUGUGUAUUCAGGCUAUAAUCCCGCUAGUUUACUACAUCCUGGUCUAGGAGGUCCAACUCCUUUUAUGCCUCCUAACCAUUUAACUUCAUUUGCUCCAAAACCGUUACCAUCAUCGCCCUCUACCAAUCCACCAACGAAUCUUGAUUCCUCUAAGUCGACUAAAUUUACGAAAACGGGACGAUGGAACGCAAUGCAUGUGCGUAUUGCGUGGGAGAUCUACUAUCAUCAAAAUAAACAAAAUCCUGAUAAGCAUGGUGGUGUAUCGGCGCCUGGUCCUAGCAGUAGUAUCAGUGGUUCUCAAAGUAGUGUACCAUCAGUUUUAAGUAGUGGACCAACGCCACCUGCAACACCAUCUAUGAGUAUUAAGGCAUCCCCGUCAUUAUCGUUAAGUAGUGCUUCACCUCAUAUGUUACAUCGGCCAGGAGAAAUUCCAUCUGCUGCAGCUUAUGCAAGCGCAUUACCUGGACGAUCACCGUUUGAAGCUUCACCAUUGUCAACAAGUUUUAUUGGAGCACCACCAAGUCAUAUUGGGACAGCAGUUUCACCGUUUGGUCGCUAUGUAGGUCCAUUUGGAUUUGCUGGUCUAUCACAUUUUGGACGAGAAAUACCCCUUGGAGGAACAUUGCAUGACCCGUGGAGAAGGUUAGCUGCAUUGCAACGUAGUGUACCUUAUCAUCCAGCUACUGGUUCACCAGGUUGGCCUAUGAAGCCUGAUGUAGCGUUAGAUAAUGCUCGACGAGAAGCUGAAGAACGUGAACGUGAAAGGGAAAUGAGAGAACGAGAACAACGUGAACGUGAAAGGCAGCGAAGAGAACGUGAAGAGCGUGAACGUAAAGAAAAGGAAGAAAAAUUAAAACGUGAGCAGCAGGAACGAGAACGAGAAAGGGAGAGAGAACGUGAACGUAAAGAACGCGAACGCCGUGAAAUGGAAAGACGAGAAUUAGAACGAGAAAGACUGUUACAGCAACAAAGAAUUAAUGAAAGUAAUAAAAUAUCUCAAGCUGCUGCAGUUGCUGCAAUGAAUGUUAUGCCACGUGAUAGAUCACCAUUAAGAAAUGAUUUAAGCAUCACCGGAGGUGAGAUACGAAUAAAAGAGGAACACCCGCGAACGAAAGAAGAACAAGAUGCCAUGAUGAUGCGAGCUACAGCAGCAGAUCCACGAUAUCAUUCUUCGUUAGCGGCUGCGCAAGCUAGUGCCGCAGCGCAUCAUGCAUCAUUUUUGGCUAGCAGACAUGGUCCACAUGUUCCCCCUCCACCACCACAUCUUUCACGUACAAUGAUGCCUCCUUCUUUAGGUGGUCCACCUUUAACACAUUUUGGACCACCUGCACCACCAGGCUGGCCCAUGGAUCCUUAUCGUGACCCAUAUGGACCAAUGUUGCGGUACAAUCCAUUAAUGGAAGUAGCUUUACGACAUGAUGAAGAGAGGCAUAAAGCUGCUAUGAGCAUGUAUGCUGUUCAAUCGGCAGCACAUCUUAGAGGAAAGGAGCCAAGUCCCAUUCCUCCGCCUUCAGUUGGUCCAUUAGGUCCUCCUCAUCAUCGUAUAGCACCAUCACCGUUAACAGUACCACAGUCAUCAAUGAGUGGGAAACCUCCAUCUUUAGGUGGUAUGCCACCACAUCCAAUGGCUGUUGAUGUGUUACAUACAACAAAAAAAGAAGACCCAACAUUAACAGGACUUGGUGUUGGCUCAACACCAUCACCUGCUGCUUCGGGUCGAUGAUAAAUGUCGCUGGCGAAAAUGUAAUGAAUUAUUUUAUUUUCUUAUAUUUAUACAUUCUUAUCAAGCUUUCUUUAUCAUUUUUGUUUAUAAUGU